CACCGGACUCUGCCUUCAGUGUGCCCCGCCUAAGAGCCUUCAGUCGCUAAACUGCACCAGUUGGGGACCUGACCCAGGGCUCACUGCUUGAUCGCCCGGAGCUGCAGCCGGCGGGGCCCUCCGCCGAGCGCCCCCCAAGGUAGGCGAGCCCUGGAUGGCUGUGUGUGGCCCGCACUUGAGGCCCGCCAGGUGAGGGGACGCCAGGUGACCUUGGAGCGGGUCACCACCCAGCGAAGCUUUGCACCCUGGGAAGUUUCCUGGAAACGAGGGAAGAGAUCUUGGGAGAGGUGAAGAGGGUGUUUCUUUGAACCUCUCUUCUGGGUUCGGAUUCCCUGAUCCACAAGUUUCGAGAAAGAGAGAAAGUUGCCUUUCCGCUUCAAUGGAAUCGACCCCAGUGCACACACACAGGCUUGCUUAUUUAGGCUGUCACUGUCGUCUGGUCCCUUAACCAGAAGUCCGGAGUCUUCUGUCCGCUUGUGUGAGUGGGCCCUGGAGAAAAGUAACUCGGAAAACGCUGCCAUCUCCCUGGAGGGGCGUCUCUGCUUCCGCGAUUUUUGGCAGCAAAGCAUUCAGAUGUUGUGGUGGAGCGGGCUCCUAAUCCUGGAAGAGACUUCUGCGGCCCAGGAGGGAGAAGUACUUCCAUGUUGUUCCACACCGUAGACCCACGAAGUUGAAGCUGCCAAAUUGAGUUCGGCUGAAACAAAAAGAGAGCCAGCAUUCAUCAUGACAACUGUAACCGUGACCUCAGAAGUUCCCCCAAGAAGUAAAAGAGAAGACGACUCUGUCUUAUAUGGAUCUACGUCAGCUUACAUCACUGAAGAAACCGAGUACGUGAGAAAGAUUCGAACUACCCUGGAAAAGAUCCGAAGUCACAUGUUUACAGAUGAACAAGGACAUGGCAAUGCCAGUCACAAACUGGAUGUGGGGGUACGCUCUGGAACAAUUCAGAAUGGAUCUGAUUCCACAGCAGACCCCACCAGUUUGGAUUUGCUUCUGGAAAACAUGAGAAGAAAAGACCAGCAGCUGCUAGAAAUGAACAAAGAAAAUGAAGUGUUGCAAAUCAAGCUGGAAGCUUCCAGAGAAGCAGGAGCAGCAACUUUGAGAAACGUGGCGCAGAGAUUGUUUGAGAACUACCAAACACAAUCCGAGGACCUGAAGAAAAAGCACGAGGACAGUAAACAUUUGCUGCAGAUAAACAACCUUGAAAAGGAGCAGGCAUUAAAGCAACAAGCUGAAAGCCUGAGUCAACUUUCAGGAAAACUCGAAGAAAAACACGUCCAAAUCAUAGGGCUGGAGAACCGUGUACAGAGGAUGGAAAACGAAAAGAAAACACUCCUAGAGAAAAAAUCGUGUUUGGAAAGGAAGCUGCUGCAACUCGGGCCCAAUGCUGCACAUUCCAAAAGCUGCCGGCAUCUUCAGUCAGAGAUUUCCACCCUCCAGGAGCAGAUCUGUCAUCUGCAAUUCGUGAUUCACUCCCAGCACCAGCACCUGCACAGCAUCAUCCAGGAGAUGGAAGGACUAAAAAAUACUUUAAAGGAACAAGAUAAAAAAAUCGAACAUUUGAAAGAAAAGGUCGACACACUUGAAGCCCAGAAUAAAGAACUGAAAACCAAGGUGGCACAUUGGACAGAAACUCCUAGGACAUCAGUAUCUAAGGCUGUCUCUACAAGCGAAUUGAAGACUGAGGGUGCUUCUCCCUACUUGAUGUUGAUUAGGCUACGGAAAUGAGCUGUCUGGAUGAAGCUCUGACAGAGGACUGCGGAGAUCUUACUUAUUCCUUGAAAUGCAGUUUCAGCUCCCAAGUUAAAUUGAUGUCAUGCCAGUAUUUAUUUAAAUGUAACUUAUUAUACAUCAGUUGCCUAAUAGGAAGGUGAUAUUUUAGGCAAUUCAGCAAAUGUCUAUGCAAGAGAAGAAACUCCACCCCUCCCCCCCAAAAAAAAACAACUUAACUUAAAAGACCAAGAAAUCAGGAUCUUUCCUACAUGGAAGAUGAAUUCUGCUUUAAACCUAAUAAAAAAUAAAAUUUGAUUUUAUAUCCUCAAAUACUUUACUAAGGGUGCUCCUUUAAGGUUGUCAGAUUUGACCGUUGAUAGCAGUUUUUCUAUGUAUAAGUAAAGGAAAGUGUGUAAAAUUUGUGUAUGAAUGAAUAAUGUAAUUUAAUUUGAUUUUUGGAUAAUAAAUAUCUCACUAUGUCAUAGUCUCAUCUCUCACCCUGUUUUUAAAAACAGGUGUGUACUGGUUGAUAUAAAGAGGAAGUAAAGAGAUUCUCUUAGGCUUGUUUGAGACAGAAUGCUGGACUCUGAGGUUGAGAAUCAUGGCUGUCUAGUUGCCUCUACCACCUUAGAAGGCCAUUGCUCUUUAGGGAUUCCAGAUUGCUAGAGGAAAACCACACACACACACACACACACACACACACACACACACAUAUGGCUGCACAUGGUGCAUUUUACUUUGGUACUCAUUUUCUUCUUCAUAUUAAUGCUAUCUAAAAUAAUUAGGUAGAAGGACAGAACAUGGCAACAACAUAAUGUAAUCAUUAUCUCCAUAAUAAUGUAAACUGUUCAGCUCAGUGGAACAAUGGCUGCUAUCCAAGCCAGGAAGAAUCCUAGUUUCUGAGCUGGAAUGUUAGGGCUGGCAUUUUUGUGAAAGUGUGCACAAAUUCUGAUGCAUGCCUGCAUUUAAGGCGAGGCUUGUGAGGGCUAUGAGUUACAAACAAACCCAAACCUCAGAAAUGCUGACCUGCAGGAAAGCAGACCACGUUUCUGUUGAAUAAAGAGAGAGGCACUUGGUCAUUCUCCUAGUUUGGGUUACUAUCACUGUGAUGAAACAUCAUGACCAAAGGAAAUUGGAGAGGAAAGGGUUUAUUUGGCUUACACUUCCAUAUAACUGUUUAUCACUGAAGGAAGUCAGGACAGGAACUCAGGAAGGCCCCUAACCUGGAAGCAGGAGCUGGUGAGGAGGCCACAGAAGGAUGCUGCUUACUGGCUUGCUCCCUGUGGCUUGCUCAGCCUGCUUUCUCAUAGAACACAGGACCACCAGCCUAAAGGUGGCCCCACCCACAAUGUGCUGUGCUCUUUCCCAUUGAUUACUAAUUAAGAAAAUGGAUCCUAUGGAGGCAUUUUCUUAACUGAGGCGCCAUCCUCUCUGAUGACUCUAGCUGUGUGAAGCUGACAUAAAACUAGUCAGUACAGUCAUGCAAAAGAAAACUUUCCCUUAAGCCUUGGGGCAUUCUCUCAGGAAAGAUGCUUCCAAUCUGUCCAAUUGCCAUGUGAAAUAUAUUACCUUUUAAGUAUUUAAGUGCAUGUACAGGUGAAGUAACAUGAUGUAUUUAUAAAUCCAUCCAUUUAAAGCAGUCCUGGAAAUUUUACAUAAUAAUAUUUUUUGGUGUUAUUGCUAACAUGUCUACUGAUUGCUAGAUAUUCUAAAUUAAUUUUUAGAUUUAUUUAUUUUAUUGUAUGUCUAUGAAUGUUAUGCCUGUGUGUAUGUAGGUGUACAUUCCUGGGGCCCAUGGAGCUCAGAAGAGGUCAUCAGAUCCCCAGGGAAUGAAGUUACAGAUGGUUGUAAGGCACUAUGUGGGUGCUGGAAAUUGAACCCCAUUUCUUUGCAAAAACAAGUACUCUUAAUCAUUAAGCCAUCUCUUCAGCCAUGUUUACUAGAUUUUAAAAUACAGAUAUAUUUAGGAUGUAAUUAUCCUAUGUCAAGAAAAUUCCAACCCUCUUACUGUAUAAAUUCUUUUACUCUUCCCUAAAGCCUUCACAAACAGAUCCAAACUACUAUCCUUGUUUUUGUAAAGAAGAUAUAUGAAAGCAAUGAAGAUACUGGCCCAGCCCCAACAGUAGACAUAGAUCUGAACCUUUUGACUCUACAUGGAUAAUUUAUAAUUCUUUUUGUUCAGUUGAGGGUCUAAGAUGGUGCUCAGCUAUGCUGAUGUCUUCCUUCUUGCCUCAGUGAACAGACACUCAGCAUCUCUGAUGGCUGUGGAUGGCAGUCAGGAACAUUGCUUACUGCUAACAGGAUCACUUCUACUAUAAUAGUUUAUUCUAAAGUAAAGACACUGUUGAAUAUUGUAUUGAUCGUGGUAUGCUAUUUUCACUGUUUUUUUGUUUGUUUGUUUGUUUUUGUUUUUGUUUUUGUUUUCUUCAAGAUAGAGUUUAUCUGUGUAGCCUUAGCUGUCCUGGACUCACUUUGCGGACCAGGAUGGCCUCAAACUCACAGAGACUGGCCCGCCUUUGCCUCUCAGAGUGCUGGGAUUACAGGCAUAACUAAUUACCAUGUCCGACUAGUAUGCUAUUUUUAAAUCUGAAACACAGUUUGGCACAUUAUAGAUGAGACAGUCACUCAUGAUGUAUGGUUUACUUUGGAACCAUCUUUAGACUGCUUGAAACAAACAAACAAACAAACAAACAAACAAACAAAAAAAAACAGUGAGCCAUGUCUGAGUCCAGAAAGACUUCAAAUGCGUGUCUUUGUAGUAGUGUCGCAUUUCUUACCUGAGGCUCACUUUCAACAUUCUGUGGUUUUGGCUUUUAUUAUUUGAAAUGUUUUUAGAAAUAAAUAGUACUGAGUAAUGAAAAGACACAACAACUAUUACUGUGCAAGUACUAUCUGCUAAGGAAAUAGAGGCGAAAACCACUGGUUCUUUUGUGGUUUCGAUAACUUGCUUUAAUUGCACUAGUCAAUGUAUUGGAUAGAAAUGUCUGAGAUGAGCCAUGAACUCAUAUGUAAAACCAGGAAAUAAAAUGAAAUAUAGAUCUGUGUUGUGCAGCAAUUUCUCUGAGAUAAAAACCUCCCAUUUUGGAGAGAAAAUUAAUAAAAAGGGGGAUGUCUAAUGUUCUAUUCUGCAGACUGCUCCUAAAGCUCAGAAAGUUAACAACUGAAAGGUUUUAGGAAGUCCAUGAAGCUGAGCAGUUUCUGUAAGCCUUUCCUUCCCCAAGCCUAUAUUAGCAGGCUAGACUGAUGAAACACAUUCUCAGACAGGCUGAAUUGCCUAGAAGAAGUUCGGAACAGUAAAACCACCUGGACGAGAGAGAGAACCCCCAAGCCAUCCAGAGCAGGCUGAGAUGAUCUGGAUGCCUGAAAGACUCACUUUCCAAGUUAGCAAUAUGUCUGUUAAGUUGCACAGUCAGCUCCAGGUUUUCAGCUUUCAUGGGAUGUCUCCUGUGCUGUGGGAGGAGGGAGACUGUGGUGAUACAGCUGUCUUUGAGUCAUGUAUGUUCCUUUAAGUAGCCCCUCACUCCUAUUCUCGUAAUCCCAAUAAUAUUUUAUUUGUUCAUCAAGUUGAAUUUUUGUGGUAUCCAUACUUUGAUCUGUGGUUGGUUCCCUAAUUGGUGUGAAUAGGUGUUUGUUCUUAUCAUGUCUCUUCAGGAAUAGUGUCAUUCAAAAAUCUCCCUUCAUUCCAUGAAUGUGCAAAUUUUUACAAAAUAUUAUUAUAAUAAAUUUACAAAUUAUAUAUUUGA